AUGACUGCAAUCACUGUUUCAAACACCGGCCGCAUGCCGCCGGAAGAGGUGUCUCCCCAAGAUGCUUUGGAUGCAGCGGACUAUGACCCAAUCGAGCAUUUGAACGCCAUAUUCUCCCAUCCUUCCACUCUUUCGUCCGUGUCCCAGGUCACUCAGACCCUCCAUUCUUACGAAGAUGAAUUGGACAGCGAGAUCAGCGCCUUGGUGGAAGAGCAGGUCACAUCCAAUGCGGACAGCGUUGAAAGAAUCCAGACAGCGAAAGCUGAUCUGUCGGAACUGUUCAAGAAGAUUGACGAUGUCCGCGAGCGCGCCCUGAAGACGGAACAGGCCAUCACCGACAUGACCGCUGACAUCAAACAACUGGACAACGCGAAGAAAAAUCUCACAUUGUCCAUGACAGCCCUCAAGCGGCUGCAAAUGCUGACGACGGCAUAUGAUCAGCUUCAAGCUCUGAGCCGGACACGGCAGUACCGAGACUGUGCGCAGCUUCUCCAAGCCGUCAUUCAGCUCAUGGCCCACUUCAAGUCGUAUCGGUCGAUCGAUCAAAUCGCAAUCUUGAGUCGGAAUGUGGCAGACGUUCAACGAGAUCUCUUGGAACAGGUCUGUGAAGAUUUUGAAAUUGCUUUUGCGAAGGGUGAGGUCACUCAGAAGCGCGGGAUCCUUUCGGAGGCAUGCCUUGUGGUGGACGCGCUGGGUGACCACGCUCGAUCUCGGCUGGUGACCUGGUAUUGCAACACACAGCUGCGUGAAUAUCGGCAGGUAUUUCGGAAUAGUGAGGAAGCUGGGUCACUGGACAACAUUUCGCGCAGAUAUUCUUGGUUUCGCCGAAUUCUCAAGAUCUAUGACGAGGAGAAUGCGGCCAUCUUCCCAGCUGCUUGGCGAGUCAACGAAAUAUUGGCCAAUGUCUUUUGCGAAGGUACCAGGGAUGAUUUCAAGGGCAUUCUAUCCCGGUCAGUGCGCAGUGGGCAGACGAUCGAUGUCAACCUGUUGCUUUCCUGCCUGCAAGAGACUCUUGAUUUCGAGCAUUCCCUAGAGAAACGAUUCGCUCCGUCCCGUCCUUCAACGGAUACGUUUACCUCUACUACAAACGAAAAUCCACUGUUCAGUCAGUCAAUUUCCGAGGCUUUCGAGCCAUAUCUUAGCGUUUGGGUGGACGCACAGGAUAAACAGCUAGCGGCGCUCAUGCCGAAAUACCGACAACAGCCAUUGCGAGCCCCUGACGAAGAAUUCAACUCCCAUAUUGUCAUUGCCUCCUCAACCGAACUUUUCACAUUCUACCGUCAUUCCUUGCAACAGUGCGCCAAACUCUCGACCGGGGGCAGCUUGGCUGAGCUGGCCAAAGUCUUUGCCAAGUACCUGGAUAUGUACGCCCAACAGGUGCUUCUGAACUAUAUCAGCGAGAGGCCUACCGGCCACACCCCCUCCAAAGUGCCGAGCCUCGAGGAUUUGAUCUCCGUUCUCAACACUGCCGACUACUGCUACACUACCUGUAAUCAAUUGGAAGAGAAGAUCAAAGACCGACUGGAUGAAACGCUCAAGCAGUCGGUUGAUCUUCAGAGUCAGGCUGACUCCUUUAUGGGCAUUGCCUCUGCGGCAGUUCGAGGCCUUGUCCGGCGAGUCGAGGUCGAAACCGAGCCUAGCUGGCGAGAGAUGCGCAAUACUCCGUGGGGUAAGCUGGAAGCAGUGAGUGAUCAGAGCUCCUACGUGAGCGAGCUUCUUUCACGUACCAAAUCAAAGGCCUCGGAGAUCUUGGAUCUGCUACAUAAGCAGCAAUACGCCCGAGCUUUUUCAGAUCAUCUAGUCGAAUUGAUGUCGAGCUUGUUCAUCAGCAACGUCUUCCUGUGUAAGCCUGUGUCGGAAACAGGCGCGGAGCAGAUGCUCCUCGAUUCGUAUACUCUCAAGAGCGGGCUCACCUCCCUCUUUCCUUCACCUGCUCCUGCAGGCUUUGUGAAACGUGUGAACAGCAGCUUCUUUAAAAUUGAGACUUUGCUCAAGACGCUCCAAGUCCGCCCGUCACCUCCCGAGGCCUUGGUCCAAGCAUACCUCAUCCACAUCGCAGACAGAAACAACAAUAACUUCCGCAAAAUCCUUGAUCUCAAGGGAAUUCGUAGCCGUCAAGAACAAAACCAUCUCGUCGAGCUAUUCCAGGUCCACCGUGCCUCCGAUCGGUUUGCGUCGACUCUCCAGCAAAGCAAUCCCAUUCUCACUACUCUGCAGGUUCCUGCAGCGAGCACCACCGGAUCAGUCUCGCACGGACUGGGAUUGGGCGGCUCCGGAUCCAUGCCCUCCCGGUUUGAUGCUUCGAUGCUCGGCUCAGCGAUCAUGUCUGCAGCUAAAGACGGCGUCGAUCGAUUCGGCAACCCUAGUCUCGGCGCGCUUGGAUCGUCGGGUGCAGCCGGGGCCACGGGCUCUUCGUCGUCUACUUCGGGGCUCGGUGUUAUGUCGGGCACGGCCUCUCCUGCGCCAAGUGCAUCCGCACAGCAAUCUGCUGGCUCUCAGAAUCCGUUGGAGCUCUCUGCGGCCGGCAAUCUGAAUGAGAAUCUGAAAAAUAUUGGCAAAUUCUUCCGUCGAGAUCUCGGUGGCUUUGGAGGUCGAUUCGGACGUGGUACCGAUGAUGCUUAA